AGCUCCAACACCAUCAAACAUAUUAUCACUUUUAAUUAUUCUUAUUAUCUAGACUUUUUUGAAUGAUCGCCAUGCCUCUCGUUGUUCCCGGUAUCAACUCUACCAUGGGCGAUAAGUCCGAGUGGGUCAAUAAGCUGAUGGGAAAGAAGAUCAGCGAAGGUGGAACUGAUGAGGUGUCAUUUGCGAAGAAAGACCUUCCUAAGUCCCACCGUGUGCUGAAGCCCGAUGAUAUGAAGACGAUGGAUCAUAACCCUGACAGAUUGAAUGUCCACCUUGACCACGACGGCACCGUCCGAGAUGUGACCUACGGCUAAGCGUUGGGCAUAGAAUUGUUCAUCUCGACCACAUCCAUGAUGCUACGAGAAUAUAAUCUAGAUCUAAUGCAUAACUCUUGAAUUUUAC